AUGGCCGGCAAGAAAGGCACUUCCAUUCCCCGUCUCUUCUUAGAUCCAAGCUCACCACACUCUCCCGAGUCCCCCAAUGCCAUGCACCAGCCGCCGUUCCCUGUCUUCGUCGCUCCAACAUCAUCAUCAUCCUCCUCCCCGAUAGGAACCGACCAGAAUCCUUCUUCUUCUUCUUCCUCCUCCUCCUCCCGCUUCCACCCCUACUUCUCCCCCAUCGUGGACCAUUUGCGCACCCGUCUCUUCCCCCUCGUCUCUGCAACGACCGGCCUCCCACACCCAGAGUUCCCUACAAGCUUACUAGCUUUCCAUGUCCUGACUUCUGCGCAACUCGACGGUCUCGCCCGCCAUUACCACCAAGUCUGGCCUCCCGUCCCGACCACGAGCUGCUAUCCGAAUCCCGUGACGGCCUGGGUGGGCACCGCACACGAGUUGCACGUCGAUCUCGAGACGAAGCGGCGGCGGUUCGGGCGAUUCAUCGGCUUACGGGAUUGUGAGAGUCCGGUGGACGGGAUGAUGGAUCUCGAUGGGUGUGAACAGCAGGGUUCUUCGUCGUCAUCGUCGUUGUUGCAGAGUCAGGAAACAGAAACAGAGGAGCAGAUGUUGGCAAGGAUGGAUCGGGAGUGGUUGGAGUGCUUGGCGAGGGCGAGCGAGGAGGAUCCUGAUAUCCUCUUAAGGUGGAAGGCGGGGGGGCGUUGA